AUGGCAGUCUCAGUUGGCCUUACAAUCGGAAUCGCAAUUGCGACCUUUAUACUAGGUCUUACCAUCGGAGUCAUAACUUGCUGCACAUGCCAGCGACGACGAUCUCGUAAAAUAGGAGGAUUGAAACCCGGAGAGUCGAUUCAACGGUACGCGGGGCGAAAAGUGGCGUUUCGUUUCGUCGAGUACGUCAUACAAAAGCAAGAAGAAUGGUACCAAGAUGGAGAGGGCACGAAAAAGUGGUUUUUGGAGCAGAUUCCAAAGAUUGAUAAAAAUCAAAAGGCGUUGACGCCGAAAGCAAGGUUGAGGUUGCCCACGCUUGGGGCGGGGCAGGAUGUUGAGGCUGGGAGUGGUGUGGUAGAGCAUGUCCAUGUUGAUGUCUGGAACGAUAAAUCGUAA